GAAGGCAAGUGAAUGGCUCUGGCCCAAAGCCCCAAUGCGCCGAGCAAGUGCUAUAAAAACUCUGAGUGGCAGCACCAAGAACCAACAGACAUCAUCACGAAGCCAAGCGACUGUGAAUCGAAGACAAUGCAUCCGUUCUGUGGAGUUUUGGUGUUCGGCCUGCUGGGUGUGGGUCUGGCGGCGCCUCAUGGACAUGGUCAUGCGACUAGCUACAGCGUGCUUACCAAACACGAGGAGCCUGCACACAAGAGUUAUGCUCAUGAUGGAGGCUAUGGAGGACAUGGAGACUAUGGAGGCUAUGGAGGCUAUGAAGGCUACGGAAGCUAUGAUGGUUUGGGCCUGGGCUACGCCAGCUACAGUCAUGGCUACGAUAAAUACGAGCCACAUCAUUAUCCCAAGUAUAAAUUUGACUAUGGUGUCAAGGAUGCGCACACGGGCGACCACAAGAGCCAGUGGGAGUCACGGGACGGCGACAAGGUGCACGGCAGCUAUUCCCUAAAGGAGGCCGAUGGCACGACACGUGUUGUGGAGUACACUGCCGAUGAUCACAACGGCUUCAACGCAGUGGUCAAGAAACUGGGACACGCCCAUCAUCCACAGGUCCACAAGAGCUACGGACAUGAUGAUAUUUAUGGCGCAGGCUACGGCUAUGGACACAAUGUGGCUCACUAUGGUGGACACGGACACGGACAUGCUAGCAGCUAUGUGAGUGUAAAGCAGAUCCACUAACACUAAGAACCUACAACCAGACGCUGUGAAUGAACUGAAUAGAACCUGAUCUGAACCCACUUGUAUAAAUCGUUAGUAGCAUACAAGUAUAUUUACAUAC